UUCCUCAAUUAAAUUUCUGAGGCUGCGGACAGUUUUUCGGAAAAGGAACUGUGGCGACUGGCGAGUUCAAUCGCUCGCGUGCCCAAGGGCCAAAACCCUAGUAAGUCACAACCCAGACGUGGACCCUACCCUUUAUAUUGCCCUUGCUGCUGCCUCGCCUGCUUCUGCCUGCGAACCCAAACACCAUGACGAAGCCCAGCUCCGACAAGGCCGCCUCCGGUUCCUUAACUGUGGACCAGAAGGCCUUUCUCCACGAGGCCGUGGCUCAGUUCUUGGACCGCAACGGGUUCUCCAAGACGCUCAAGAAGUUUCGAUCCGAAGCUAAAGUCGAGAAAGAUUGUUUGAAGGGCUCGACUUUGGAUUUGGAAGAGAUGUACUAUAAGUAUUUGGAGACGUGGAAUCAUCCCAACACUAAAGUCAAGAACCAGAAUGAGCAACAUACAAAGAACAAUGACGUGGGUCAAAGAGAUGGAGAAGGGGACUCCACUGUGGCCGUGGAAACAGGGAGUAAGAAAAAUAAGAAAAGUAGCGAGAGUGAUAAAUGUAAUGUUGUCAGUCAAUUCGGAGCCACUGUUGAACUUCUUGAUUCUAAAAACUCCAAGGAGCAAAUAACAAAUGGUGCAACUCCAGAAUCAAAUGUAAAAGACUCUGAAUUGCAUAUGGAGGAACAUGAUAAGAAAAACAAGGAGAAAAAGAAAAAGAAAACAACUGAAGAAAAAUCUAAAGAGAUGGUAGCUUCAGAAGGCCAAAGUGUUGGUGGUUCUGACACGGGGAAGAGGGCAAAGGAUAAGAAGAAAAAGAAAGAUAAGCCUAUUUAUGAUAUACCUGAUGAUGCUAAGCAAUGCAACUUGGAUGAUAAGCUAGGGGAAGUUUCUGCAAGGUUUAAGGAUGUGGAGUGUUCAAGAGAUCCUCAAAUCAAGAAUCAUGGCUCCACAUUGGAAGAGAGUACAACACUAGAUGCAGAUGCAGCUAACAACAAGAAGAAAAGUUCCAAAAAAAGAAAACGAUUGGCUUCUGAGGAAAGUAAUUUCCAGCUUGUUGACAAAGAAACAUCUGAAGCACUGAAAUGUACGAAGGCAGAAGGUUUGGAAGAAUCCAAGAGAAGUGAGCAGCAAGCAAAGGCAAAUGGAAAUCUCGAGGAAAGUGGAGAGAAACCUGCCUUUCAGAAAAGCAAGAAGCAACGUAAUGGUUCGGUGGAGCCAAAGACAGUUAAUGCAUUUCAGCGGGUAAAAGCUGAUGAGGUGGUAUUCACUGAUGACAGGCUUAAAGAUAAUUCAUACUGGGCAAAGGAUGGUGCAGAAAGUGGCUAUGGUGCAAAAGCACAAGAAAUUCUUGGGCAAGUUAGGGGACGGGAUUUUCGGCAUGAAAAGACCAAGAAGAAGCGUGGGACUUACAGGGGAGGGCUGAUUGAUUUGCAAUCACACUCGGUUAAGUUCAAUUAUUCGGAUGAUGAAUGACCAGAAAAUUUCUUUGCGAGACAAGUCCUUGCUUUUGGCCCUCAUUGCUUUUGAGCACAUAAAUGGGAGCACUAUUUUUUUCUAAGAACUACAGUAAUUUUAUGUCGCUGUGUUCUCCUGCCUUACUGCUCCAUAUUCAAACAAAUGUUGAGUUAAUUCAGGACACGUACAUCUUUAUUUAAAACAAUUUUGGAACUUUGUAUCAUCCACCCACUUUAGUGCUUUUUUUCUUUU